AUGAGGAGCCCCACAAAGAGCCCCAUGAGGAAUCCCACAAAGAGCCUGAGGAGCCCCAAGAGGAGCCUAAUGAGGAGCCCCAUGAGGAACAUGAGGAGCUUCAUUAGGAGCCCCAAGAGGAGCCUAAUGAGGAGCCCCAUGAGGAACAUGAGGAGCCUGAGAAGCCCCACAAGGAGCUCCAUGAGGAGCCUUAGAAGCCCCAAGAGGAACAUUAGGAGCCCCAUGAGGAGCCCUGUAAGGAACACCAUGUGGAGCCCCACAAGGAGCCUUAGAAGCCUCAUGAGGAGCCAAACGAGGAGCCCCAUGAGGAGCCCCAUGAGGAGCCUUAGAAGCCCCACAAGGAGCCUGAGGAGCCCCACAAAGAGCCUGAGGAGCCCCAAGAGGAGCACCAUGAGGAGCCUUAGAAGCCCCAUGAGGAGCUUCACAAGGAACCUGAGAAGCCCCAAAAAAGAACCCCAUGAGGAGCCUUAG